GGGUAGACAGCAAACAUUUGUUCCAAAAGACGGUGGCAAGCUCAGAGUGAGCAAGGGAAAGUGCCCAGAGACGAAGGUACGAGGCGGUGUUAGAAACCAUUCCAAGAACGAAUUCAAUUGUUUCAAUACCCUGGUGAAUAAUCACCUCUGAAAAGUCGUGUUCUUCGUGGUCACCGUGAUCAUGCUCGUCUGCAUAGAGCGGGAGCUCCUCGCUAGCAUGUUGAAUGGGAGUAUGUGUCUGUUGCUUGAUGAAAUACGGCUUCCCUAGCAACAAAACAGGGACAGAAGCAAGCGCAAGGAAGAGGAGUAGAUUUUGAAUGAAGGGCUGUCCGGGGUACAUAGGCUCGUCCACGAAUCCAGGUGCAAGGGCAAUAUUGAUCAGGGUAGUAAUCAAACCAGGUGGCUGGCAACCAUCGCCAGAACCCCCGUAAUCCAGAGGACACAGGUCCGCGGUUUUAUCACCGUCUUUGCAACUGUAACCCCAUGGUGUACAGUAACCAUUUCCAUCGCUCGUUGAGCACGUCUGCCAUUCACUCUGCCACAGGUCACCGGAGGGGUCAAAGCAGGUGGCGAGUGUCAUUCGUGCAUUCCAGUCGAUCGUCCAUUUGAAGAAGAUUAGGACGACCAUGUAGAUGAACAGAGAAGAAAAUACCACCAUUGGAAAAACUUCAAAGUACAGAUCAGCCUUCUCGCCGAAAUGGAUAGCAUUCAGACCUCUAAUACAAGUACCUAAGAACAUCUGACAGAUGCCGAAAAUAACACUCAUUUUCAUCUUGAAAGAAUUGAAAAACAGAAGCUCAUUUGACGCAACGUGCCAAAUUGGGUCCAAACCAAAUGGAUAGACGGAUUCGUUUGACCCAUAUUCAGCGUCAAGUGAUGCAACCGCACCUUCUUCUACAGUUCCAUAUUCCUGACCAUCGAACUGCCAACGACUUCCGAAAAGAUUGAGCCCCAACGAAAAAAAAUCGUUGUAUAUCAAACCUGCAUAAACAGCAAAGAACCCCAUUAAUAGAAACAUGUAGCGCAUUGCAUGGAAGGCCUGGGCUUCUUGGCCUUGUCCCUUCAGAUUUUUUUCUGCGUCCCUUUCGUUCCAACACAUAGCAGCACCUGCUAAAAACAAAAAUGUACCGUGACCUAUGUCACCGUACAUCACUCCAAACAGGAAAGGAAACGUAGCUGCGGUGAAUAAAGCAGGAUUUCCCUCUCUAUAACGCGGAAUACCAUACGUAUUCACGAACUCUUGAUAAGCAUACGUGAACUUGUUUGUCACGAAAUGGGUGGGAGGAGUAGGCCACGGUUGAGGAACAUGGUCAACGUGACUUGGCAUUCCCAUAUCCAUGUUGGAGUGUGCCCUUUCCACAACUUCCCGAAGCGCGUCCAUAUUUUCGGACGGGACCCAUCCUUCCCCGCGAAGCAUGCCAGCGACAUCAGCUUUGAACAUAUUGAGGGAAUGAUAUAUUGCUUUUUCCCGCAAGACAAUCCAUGACCACCUCUCACGAUGCUGAGCAAUCUUGCAGCAUAAUCGGUAGCGCAUAUCUUGAUUUUUCAGCAGAACUGUUCGAGAGUCCACAAGCUCUUGGGAAUUUUCCGUCAGCAUGCUAGUGACUGAAGUUGCAUCAUCCAUAUCGGGUAUGCUGUAACGGUGGGCCUGGAAUGCGUCACAGAUUUUCUUGAGUUUGGCUUCAAUUGCCUGCGAUUUGUAAAACACAAUAAACACAGACUUUUGCAGUUGUUGUCCAGUGGUUGGAUCUGUGAUAUCCUGCUGAAUGCGAGCGAAUCUAACGUAGCAGUUACCUCGGGUCAUGCGAAAAACCAUCCGCUCGAAACGCUGGCACUCUUCGGUAGCAACCACACCAGUUAGGAACGAAAACCGCAUGUCCAGAUCGGGCCGGUUGUCUGCGGAAUCCAAUAAACUAGCUCGUUCGCUUGAACGUCCACCCCGGCGUUCGGAGCUUGCUAGGCGGGGAGCAUCGGUGUUGAAGAAAUAGCGUGCCUUUUCGUAUACUUCUUGCAGUUCGACCUUUUGGUUGUACUCCACAGUGAGCUUUUCGCUGUACGAGUUUAAUUCUUUCAAUUGUGACUCAUACCCUUCGAGCUCGACCUCCAGCGAUUCCAAAAGUUUUCCGUUGGAAGCUUCCCCAGUGCUCGACACAAUGGGACUGCCCUCCAAAAAGUCAUCAAUCGCGCCGGCAGAGGUGCUUUGCAGAUUAAACUUGUCGAUCUCAG